AUGCCACAUAAAAAAGUUGUCAUCGUAGGUGGAGGUAUAUCAGGAAUAAAGGCUGCGACAGAUUUGUAUAAGAGUGGUAUUAAAAGCACAGUCAUUUUAGAAGCACAACCUCGUUUAGGUGGACGAUUGUUCACAAUCGAAUCCACACACAAUAAAGGAACAACAUAUGAUUAUGGUGCAUCGUGGUUUCAUGAUUGUUUAAAUAAUCCAUUGUUAGAUAAGGCCCAACAGUUGGGUAAUGUCAAAUAUUACUUUGAUGAUGGGAAGUAUUUAUAUUUCAAUGAAUUUGAAGGAGAGAUUGAGAAAUGGAAAUUUGAAACUGUUCUUGAAGAAAUGAUGACAUAUUUCCAAUUGGUUUAUAAACAGAACCCUGGUAAGUCGGAUAUUUCUGUGAAACAGUUAGCACAAGAAUAUGUUGACAGGUAUCGAAAUAUCUUAACAGAAGAACAAAUUGAUUUGUCUUUGAGUGCUGUACGAAUGUGGAGUGAACUAUGGCACGGUGAAUCAUGGGAUUUACUCUCUGGUAAGUAUUGUUUUGCCGAUGAUGGGCACUUGGGUAGAAAUGCAUUUGUUAAAAAUGGAUAUAAUACAGUUUUCAUCAACGAGUUGAAAGAAUUGCCAAGAACAUAUCGAGAUUCCUCAAUCAAAUUGAAUGCUCAAGUUUGCAAGAUUGACUACACGAAUAAAAAGAGAAUUCUUGUUUAUCUUAAAGAUGGUAGAACAUAUUCUUGCGAUUAUAUAAUAGUGACAAUUCCACAAACAAUUUUGAAAAUUACUAAUCCGAACGAUGCAAAUUAUAUUCAGUGGGUUCCAGAAAUACCUCCUAAUAUUCAAAAAGUUUUACCGGAUGUUUAUUUUGGCUCUUUAGGGAAAGUGGUUUUGGAGUUUGAUCAUUGCUUUUGGCCAAGAGAUGUGGACAGGUUUUAUGGUUUGACAAACGGUGUCCCCUCACAAGAUACAAUCACCGUCGAUGCUUGGGAUUAUCCCACAAUAUUAAUCAACUACCAAGCUGUAAAUAAUGUUCCGUCUUUAGUUGCGUUGACUCAAAACCCUUUAUCGAAAUACAUUGAGAAUUUACAACCACACGAAAAGCAACAAAGAAUCUGGUCAAUCUUCAAGCCAUUGAUUGCAAAAAUUUGUGAGCGGAACGGGAUUCAGAAAAUACCAGAACCUCAUUCAAUUUACCAUACACCCUGGAACAAUGAGUCAUUGUUUAGAGGUAGUUACGGAACGUCCUUGGUCGGCACACAAGACCCUUCAGCUGUCAUUAAAGCUUUUGUUGAUGGGUAUCAAAAUAGAAUCAGAUUUGCAGGUGCAGAGACUAUGGAUGAUAGUUCUAAUGGGUGUGCACAUGGAGGUUGGUUUUCUGGUCAAAGAGAGGCCCAAUUUAUAGUACAACAAGAAGCUCAAAAGAAAGUAGAUUCGAAAUUGUAA